AUGUCUAUAGACACAGUCGACUACAUCUUAGAAAAAAUAUCACCUGAUUAUAGUCAUGGUUUAACAAAUUUUCAAAAACCAAUUUCUGUUGAAGAAAGGCUCCUUGUAACCAUAAGGCAUUAUGAAACAAAACAUAAUGAUUAUUUGAAAUUAAGUAGUGAAGUAAAACAAUCAAAGCUCAGGGAAUUUAUGUCACAAUUAAAAAGUCAACAAAAAAUGUUUAGUUUAGCAUUACAGCAACCAUCUAAUGUCGUUAAAGCAAGUUAUUCUGUCUCAUUUUUGAUUACAAAAAAAAUGAAAAAAUUUUCAGAUGGUGAAUUUGUGAAAGAAUGUUUGGAAGCUGUAGCAAAGGAUAUUUUACCUGAUAAAAAUAAACUAUUUUCGAAUAUAAGUUUAUCCCGACAAACAGUACGUCGUCGAAUUAAUGACAUUUCAAACGAAAUCAUUGUAAAACUACGCGAUCGAAUUCAAGAUUUCAAAUAUUUUUCUAUUGCAUUUGACGAAAGUACAGAUAUAUCAGAUACAGCUCAACUUGUAAUAUUCAUUCGUGGAGUAAAUGAAUCAUUUCAAAUAACUGAAGAAAUGUUAAAAUUGAUAAGUUUGAAAGGAACUACAAAAGGUGAAAAUAUUUUUCACGCUGUUGAAAACAGUAUAUGCGAAAACAAUUUGGAUUUGGAAAUUAUUUCUGGAAUAUCAACUGAUGGUGCACCUGCUAUGGUUGGUAAAGAAAAAGGAGCUAUAAAAUUACUGAUCGAUAAAGUAGAAUCUACCAGAAAAACUAAUAAUUUCUGGAAAAGAGAUGAUUUAUUUAUAAUCCAUUGUUUGAUUCAUCAACAAAAUCUAUGUUCUCAAGUAUUAUCGAUUAACCAUGUUUUGCAAGUAGUCAUAAAAACAGUGAAUUACAUUCGUUCACAUGCGCUUCCCCACCGACAAUUCAAGGAGUUCCUGAAAAAAUUAGAUUCAGAAUAUGGUGAUGUAGUAUAUAUCAAUCAUGUCAGAUGGUUAAGUCGUGGAAAAUGUUUAAAGCGAUUUUAUGAGUUAUGUCAUGAAAUUGACUUGUUUAUGAAUGAUAAACAAAAACCAGUAUUAGAAUUAAGUAAUGAUGAAUGGUUAUUAGAUUUAUGCUUUUUAGUUGAUAUUGUCGAAAAACUGAACCAAUUAAAUAUAUCAUUACAGGGAAAAGAUAAUUUAAUAAUAGAUUCAUGUAAUUACAUCAAUGCAUUUCAGAAGAAAUUAUUGUUACUUGAAUUUCAACUAAAAAAUAAUAACGUUCAAAACUUUCCAUUGCUAAACGAAUUGAAAAAUUCAAAACAUAUCGAUAGCAUUAAAUAUGCACAAGAAACAAGGAAACUUAUAGCUGCUUUUGAAAGUCGUUUCACUAAUUUAGACAAAUACAAGACAAUAUUUGAAAUAUAUUCAUCUCCUUUUUAUACUGAUGUCAAUUCGGCCCCAGAAUAUCUUCAAAUGGAACUCGUUGACUUAUAA